AUGAAAACAUACUUCUUCAUCAUUGCCCUGGCCAGUGCGGCCUUUGGCCACAGCGUCGCCACCAUCGGCGUGCCAGCAACCGGCCUGGCAGCCGAUCCUUACGUAGCACCCGUUGUGUCUACUGCCGUACACCACGCCCCGACCUUGUCAGAAGCCUCCCGUGUGACCAGCUUUGAGACUGCUCGACCAGGAGUACCCCACACCGUGGCGAGAGUAUCUAGCUAUACACCCGCUGGCGUACACGCGGUCCACGCCUCGGUUCCUACCGCCGUGACUGGUGCCGUACAUGUACCUGGUUACACCUACUUGCCACGCUACAGCCACCGCUACGAUGGCAGCGUGGCAGCCACUCCUUACGUGGCACCGGUUGUGUCUACCGCCGUGCACCAGGCGCCUACCGUGUCCGAAGCCUCGCGUGUGACCAGCUUUGAGACUGCUCGGCCGGGGGUCCCGCACACUGUGGCCGCAGUCUCCAGCUACACUCCCGCUGCUGUCCAGACUGUCCACGCCUCGGUUCCUACCGCCGUGACUGGUGCCGUACAUGUACCUGGUUACACCUACUUGCCACGCUACAGCCACCGCUACGAUGGCCGCGUGGCAGCCACUCCUUAUGUGGCACCGGUGGUGUCUACCGCCGUGCACCAGGCGCCUACCGUGUCCGAAGCCUCGCGUGUGACCAGCUUUGAGACUGCUCGGCCGGGGGUCCCGCACACUGUGGCCGCAGUCUCCAGCUACACUCCCGCUGCUGUCCAGACUGUCCACGCCUCGGUUCCUACCGCCGUGACUGGUGCCGUACAUGUACCUGGUUACACCUACUUGCCACGCUACAGCCACCGCUACGAUGGCCGCGUGGCAACCACUCCUUACGUGGCACCGGUGGUGUCUACCGCCGUACACCAGGCGCCUACCGUGUCCGAAGCCUCGCGUGUGACCAGCUUUGAGACUGCUCGGCCGGGGGUCCCGCACACUGUGGCCGCAGUCUCCAGCUACACUCCCGCUGCUGUCCAGACUGUCCACGCCGCGGUUCCUACCGCCGUGACUGGUGCCGUACAUGUACCUGGUUACACCUACUUGCCACGCUACAGCCACCGCUACGAUGGCGGCGUGGCAGCCGCUCCUUACGUGGCACCCGUGGUGUCUACCGCCGUGCAUCAGGCGCCUACCGUGUCCGAAGCCUCGCGUGUGACCAGCUUUGAGACUGCUCGGCCGGGAGUCCCACAUAGUGUGGGAAGUGUGUCUAGCUACACACCCGCGGCCGUCCACGGGGUCCACACCGCAGUUCCCGUCGCGGUGACUGGUGGUGUCCAAGUGCCCGGUUAUACUUACUUGCCCCGCUAUAGCCACCGUGUCGAGCCCCAACCUAUUCGCUACCCUUACACCUAUGGUGCAACCCCGUACGGAUUCAGCUAUGGACGAAGGCUGGACACCGUCGGAUACGUUGGUUACUCCCAGAAAAGCUAGAUGGAGCCUACUGUCCUGAUAUUUUCCUCAAUGAGCUAUAUUUCUGUCGUCUUCGGGAACAGUUGCUUGAAUGCCGAGGCACUCUCAAGACAAGUUUGUCACU